AUGGGGAGUGCAUCAUCUAUGUUAACUCAAUAUGAUAUUGAGGAAGUUCAAGAACACUGCAACCAUUUAUUUUCACAGCAGGAAAUAGUGUGUUUGUAUGAACGCUUUUGUCAACUUGACCGAAAUGCUAAGGGCUUUAUUUCAUCUGAUGAGUUCUUAUCCAUUCCUGAGUUUGUUAUGAAUCCAAUUUCUCAAAGGUUACUCAAGAUGGUUGAUGGUUUGAAUUUUAAAGACUUUGUGGCUUUUUUGUCUGCAUUUAGUACCAAAGCUAGUGCACACCAAAAAAUAGAACUUAUUUUCAGAGUAUAUGAUUCAGAUCAUAAUGGGAAAGUGUCUUUCAAAGACAUAUUGGAAGUUCUAAAAGAUUUGUCUGGUUCAUUCAUGUCCGAUGAGCAAAGAGAGGAAGUUCUAAGCCAAGUUCUGAAAGAAGCAGGAUACUCAAAAGACUGCUACUUAACAUUGGAUGACUUCAUUAAGGUUCUUGGUCAAUCUGGCGUAAAAAUGGAUGUUGAAGUCCCUGUUGAUUAA